AUGGUGUUGAAGUCGUUCGAAAUGUCCGCAGAGCUUGCGUUAGCAGUGCUUCCCACCGUGGACCUCUGCCGAAAUAAAGCCUUCGCACAAAAGAAGCUUACGAGAGCUAGAUACAUCAAAGAAGGAAGGAGUUUGUGCUCAGCGCUGAUACACGCCGAUGCUGAAGCUUCGGAGCGCUUGGUGCAGCUCAACAACAACUGGGUACGGUUUGGGUCCCAGCUCAAUUUUUUCCAGCGCAUCCAGGACGCGAUGGAGGAAGAGCACCGCGAGGUGUACAGUCAGACCCUGCAGAUCCUCCAAAACAAGUUGGACAUCGUGGUGUCUAUACUGAGGGGUCUCGUAAAAGUGCAGCCUGCGAACGAGAAUGAGCUAGCGCCAUCCAAUCACAAGGUCCUGCGGUGGAGGUUCGCAGCCAAGAAGAGUAGCUUGGAUGAAGCUAUCAAUGAUCUCGAGAAGUGGCAAGGACUAGCCGACCAAUCCUGGUAUCUGCUUCUCAGAAUCGCAGAUACCCUAGUUGAUCGGGCCUUGGCUGCAAGCGGCAGCGCUGAUGAGCCUAGUACAGGCAAAGCCAUACCAGAAACGAUCGCUAUACGUGCUGGUUUGCAGCAGGUUGAUGAUCUCUCACCAGAAACAUCAGCAGUCAAAAACAUUACCCUGCGCUCCAGCGAUAUAAAGACGAUGACCGUCCAGGCCAUUUCUUUCUGCGAUGGUAUCGAACUUGCCACGAAUGCGCAUUCGGACGGAUCAGCGAGCAGGUACAUCCUAAACCACAUGCAAUGUGAACCUGGUGCGAAGCCGCAGAUACUCAAGCGCAACAUCCGCGACCUUGUACGAAAGCUUCAGGCCGACAAGCCGCACACUUUCGGCUUACUGAAAUAUUUGGCUAGGUCCAUCGGUUAUGUGCAUACCUUCGGCUUUGUGCACAAGAACGUACGUCCGGAGUCAGUCCUCGUUUUUGACGAUGCCGACGGACAGGGUAUCUCCGCAUUUUUAGUCGGAUUCGAAAACUUCCGACGAGACGAAGGCUGGACGCAGCGCCGAGGCGAUGACGCGCCAGAUAAGAACCUAUACAGGCACGCAUCUCGGCAAGGCUUCAGCCCUCGCGACGAUUACGAGAUGCGCCACGACAUAUACAGUCUAGGUGUAUGUUUGUUGGAAAUAGGUCUUUGGAGUAGCUUCGUCGAAUACGAUCCGGCAACCUCAGCGCGCAGUCUUUCGCAACAGCUCACAACGCAGUCUGGGAAAGACAGAGAGAUCGUGUCGGCAUCUCUGCGAGACCCGACAAAGGAUGUCUUCAUCGCUCUCGCGCGAUACCGCCUCCCGGGAAGCAUGGGCGACAUGUACGCGGAGGUUGUGGAGACGUGUUUGACGUGUUUGGACCGCGGCAACCUUGAUUUCGGAGACGGGGAAGCGUUCGAGGACGAGGAUGGGAUUCGCGUUGGCGCUCGGUAUAUCGAAAAGGUUCUUAUUCGCCUCGGAAGGCUAAAUAUGUAG